AAGAUCAUCUACGAUCACGACAGUUUUGUAGCCGAACACGGUGAAGGCGCCGUAGAGAAAAGCGAAGUCACAGCUAAAAAAAUUGCCCUUUAAAUAUAAUGUCAGGACGUGGUAGAGGAAGAGGAGGUAGAGCCGGUGGCAUUCAAUUGCCAACUGAUGGAGGAGGUAAAAGUGAGCAGCCAACACCAAUUUUAAAACCACCACCAGACUUUCCACUACUAGAAAACAAACCAGUGCCUUAUGAGAUUACCCGUGAUAUGAAAUACGAGUGUCAAAUCCGCAAAGAGUUUGUAGACUACUUGGUUGGUUCAGAAUACUAUGUGAAACUUGAUGUCAAAAAUAAUGACAUAGAGAGGUAUUGUGAUCGCAAUCAAGAGCCAGAGAAAAAAUGGGAAAGCCAAGUCGACUGGAAUUGGAUGCCAAAGUAUUUGCAGGAUGACUGUAAGCUUGCGCUCAAGAGACAUAGAGUAAAAGAAUUGAAAGCAAAGAAAGGAGUAUCGCUCAAGAGGCCAGUCACAUCUAAAAGCUCAACUAAUAAACGUGCUAAAAAGGAUGUUAACAUUAAUGAUAAAUUAGCUGAACUAGAAAAACAAGAAGAAACUGUUAAAAGUGAUGAAGAAGAUAAAGAUGAAGAAGAAGAGCUUGAAGAAUUGGAAGAACAAAUAGCAGAUGAAGAAAUGGAUGAAGGCACAGAUUACAUGAAUAGUUACUUUGAUAAUGGCGAAAACUAUGAAGAAGAGGAUGAUAAUCUUGAUGAUGGAGCUAUUUUUUAAAGUAAAAAUUGUGAGAUGGUAAUUUGUACAUAAAUGGUGUUAACGAAAACUCUCUUAUUAUAAAUAAGGAAAAAUAUA